CUGUAUUUUGCAGCCAGCCCUAGAAGUCACAGAAACCACCAGCAUUCGUCUGCCUGUCUGCCCAGGUGGGGCCAACGUCUAUGCCCAUAUUUGGUGCGAGGAACAGGCACACCUGUGAGCUGACGUCAUAUGCAGAAAGUACCUGCUGCAACUGGUCUGACUGGAUACGUCUACAGUUAGCGAAACUCCCGAACAACUAGGACAAAGAAAGGUCGAAGAAAACUUCAAAGGGAUAUCUAUUUUUUUUUUUAAUUCACUACGUUUUUUUUUCUCUGAUUAGGAGUAUUUCAAUCUUAUUUACCAACAAAUGGGGACCUGUAGGUGUGCGCUUUUAGGAAUUUUAACGUUACUAGCCUUUUUUCAGGCCGUGACUUCAGUUGAGGAGACGGCAUGUAACCCUGGUUUCGGGGCGGAUAUGUUGAUUUUCAAAGUGUGCAGGAGGCACCUACACAGCCGCUGGAGGCUGGGGAAAGUGGGCUUUGAUGACUGCUCAGCCCGCACCAGAUUUGCUUUUAGCACCAGUGACAGCCAUUUUAAAGUAGACACAGAAGGCAUAUUGAUGGUAAAGAGAGCAGUGACUUUGCACAAAGGAUAUCAGGACUUCUUCAUCCAUGCCUUCAGUUUCCAGAGAAGCAAGUUAACUGUACCGAUCAGGGUUGUGUACAAUUGCAGCCACCACAUGCAUCACCAUAACAACUGUCAUUACGAUGGCAGUCACCGUGGGCAUCACCAUGAAAAUCACAAUAGCAGUGUUCAAGACCAUCAUCAGCAUUGCCACAGAAGCCCCCAUGAUCACAACAAUCAGGACCACUCUGCUAACAUCACUAAGAUUACAGCCAAAGUAGAUGUGCCUAUUCUCUCCUUCCCCAAAUCCUUUGGACAGCUGAGGAGGAGAAAGAGAGCUUGGGUGAUACCUCCUAUUCGCUUUCCUGAAAAUGAUAGAGGACCCUUUCCCAAAUUAAUGGUUCAGAUCCGAUCUGAUGCUGAUAAAUUUAAGACAAUAAGAUACUCCAUCAAAGGACCAGGAGCUGACCAGCCUCCUGAAGGCCUCUUCCAUGUGGACAGAGACAGUGGUAAUCUGUAUGUUACAGAACCGCUGGAUAGAGAGAAACAGGACCAAUACACGCUUAAAGCCAGUGCUGAGGCAGUAGGAUCAGGAGUAAUUGAGGAGCCUAUGGACAUCAUAGUGUUUGUCAUCGACAUGAAUGACAACAAACCCCAGUUCACCCAAGACACCUUCCUAGGAGAAGUUCCUGAGGCUUCGCCUAUAGGCUUUGAGGUGAUAAAGGUUGAGGCCACAGAUAUGGAUGAGCCAGGUAAUGCCAACUCAGAUAUUCGCUACAGGAUACUGAAGCAGGAGCCAGAGCUGCCCAGCGGCAAUAUGUUUGAAAUUAACCCUGUCAGUGGAGUCAUCCGAGUCAAUUCUCGUGGACUAGACAGAGAGAAAUGCACAAAGUAUACCCUGGAAGUGCAGGCCACAGACUCAACAGGAGAGGGGCUUUCAGGGCAAGGGAGGGUCAUUCUCACUGUCACUGAUAGCAACGACAAUGCACCAGCCUUCAGUGAGCCCACAUACAAAGCGACUGUCCCGGAAAAUAAAGUGGGAGCUCAGGUUGUUAAGAUGUCAGUAACGGAUGGUGAUGAGCCUCAUUCUCCAGCCUGGAAUGCCAAGUUCACGAUUGUUGGUGGUGAUCCUGAGGGAUACUUCACUGUGGAAACAGGAUUCAACAAAAAUGAGGGGAUCAUGACCACUGCUAAGGGCUUAGACUUUGAGAAGACAAGUAAAUACACCCUGUUGGUUGCCGUGGAGAACGAGGUUCCCUUUGCGAUGCAGUUGCCCACCGCCACUGCCACUGUGGAAGUAAACGUGGAUGAUGUGAAUGAAGCUCCCAUCUUCAACCCAGUAGAGAAGACUGUGGUGAAACAGGAAGAUCUGCCCAUCAACAGUGAACUGGCGCAGUACACUGCUACUGAUCCAGACUUCCAACGCAAUCAGAAAGUCUCGUAUAAAAUAGUGACUGACCUGGCUGGCUGGCUGAACGUGAACAAGGACACAGGUGUAAUUAGUCUGAAGAGCAACAUGGAUAGAGAGUCCCACUUCAUCAAGGACAACAAAUAUACCGCACUCAUCGGUGCAUACGACAGUGAUGACCUCCCAGCAACAGGAACUGGCACCUUGACAAUCCAGCUGGAAGAUGUUAAUGACAAUGCACCAACUAUAGAUGAACGUGCCAUCAUGGUGUGUAACAAGGACACGAUUCCUCAGCUGCUCUCAGUUACGGAUAGAGAUGGACCCAGCUUUGCUUCGCCGUACACUGUCUCUUUACAGGGCAUGUCCAGGAAUAACUGGACUGCUAGGAUGAACGAAAGCAAAACGGGCAUAAUCCUGACUUUAGCCAAACCCCUACCCAGUGGAGAGUACAGUGUAGUGCUGCGGGUUGCAGACAACCAGGGCAUGGAGCAGGACAGCACCGUGCAGGCUACAGUGUGUGAUUGCUCUGGGGAAUUUGUGGCUUGCAAAAGGAUUGGAGAAGCUGGUGUUGGCCUGCCUGUUAUACUGGGAAUACUGGCAGCUAUCCUGCUAUUGCUGUUGUUGGUGUUGCUGCUGCUGAUGUUCUUAAGACGAAGGGGAGGAGAAAAAGGGGAGCCUCUAAUACAGGACGACGACAUCAGAGAUAACGUUUACUACUAUGAUGAAGAGGGAGGAGGAGAGGACGACCAGGACUAUGACCUGAGUAUUCUCCAUCGUGGUCUAGACAACCGUCCUGAGGUCUUCAGGAAUGAUGUGGUGCCAAACUUCAUGCCAGCUCCUCAGUACCGGCCUCGUCCUGCCAACCCAGAGGACAUUGGCAACUUCAUUGAUGAUAAUCUAAAGGCAGCUGACAAUGACCCCACAGCUCCCCCCUACGACUCCCUUUUGGUGUUUGACUAUGAAGGAGGAGGCUCUGAUGCAGGCAGUCUCUCUUCUCUGAACUCCUCCAGCAGUGGAGACCAGGACUAUGAUUGUCUCAGUGAAUGGGGGCCCCGCUUUAAGAAACUGGCUGACAUGUAUGGAGGAGAAGAAGAUGACAUGCUAUAAAUGAACCAACAAACAAAUGUAAACAUGGAUUGAUGAAUAAAUGCAGGGAAAAUGGCCAGAUUCAAACAACUGUUAAGUGCCUAGAAAAUGCUUUUGGAGGUGGGGUCAGGUUCAUUUACUGUCCUUCACAAUCCUGUAAGCAAGUUCAAAGCCAUUGUUUUCAUUGUUUUCUUUUUAAUAAGGGUUGUGUUUGCUAAUCCAGUAGCCACUGUUUCCCACAUUGUACUUGAUUAACUGUUGGUCUCUUUUUGGAUCCCAGUCUGAUUACGAGGUUUAUUACUAAAAACGCUUGAUGGGGGCCACUGGAGAUUAAUGGAUUAACACAAGGAUUUUGUCAUUGAUAAUGAGGGUAAUCUUGUUUAGCUCAUACAAACACAUAACUUUUCCCACCUCGAGGUUAUGUACUGCUGUCUCAGUGGUGCUUUAAAGCCAAACAGCGCCAUUCUGUUCUUGACUUUCCCCCUCAUUCUGCCAGUGUACAGUUUGUAUCAUUGCUUCUGUUUAAAUCUUUAUUUUUUAUUUUUUUUCAUUAUUAUUUUUUUUAAUUAAAGUUAAUGCUUGAGGCAUGAAAUUUCAGGAAUUAUCAGAGUGAAACUAUUUAGCUAGUGAAUUUGUCAUAUCAACCUCAGAAGGUAUAGUCACUGAAUGAAAUUAUGUCAAUAAAUGCUUUUUAAAAUGUUUGA